CGGCCCCGCGUGGGCCUCGUUCUCAUGGUGAUCGGCGCCGCAGGCUGAGCUAGGCCAAGCCGCGCAGAGCCUAGAACACCCGCAGCCGCCGCAGCCGCCGGAGCCGCCGCAGCCGCCGCAGAGAGCCUGGUCCGGGAGGAGGGCAGCGGUGGAGGACCACACCCUGGGCCUGGGUCAAGGCCACCCUGGGGCGGCGGGGGCGCAGGAGAAGAAGCCUUCCAUGGGCGCGAGGGCUCGGCACUGGGCGGGGCUGCGGAUGCGCGGGGCAAGGACUUCGGAAGGAUGAGGUCCUCCGUGAGGCCAUUGGGGCCGCCUGUGAGCCGGGAUCGCAUCAUCGUCAGCUUCCCUAAGUGGUACACGCCUGAUGCCUGCCUGCAGCGCAAGGAACACUUCCACGGGCACAUCAGUGCAGCCUGUGAGCACAGGGACACAGGCACUGUCGGGCUCAGACUCUCCAAGGUGGUGGUUGUGGGAGACCUCUAUGUCGGGAAGACCAGCCUCAUCCACAGGUUCUGUAAGAACAUUUUCGACCAUGACUACAAGGCCACCAUUGGGGUGGACUUUGAGAUCGCGCGCUUCGAGAUCGCUGGGGUUCCGUACAGCCUCCAGAUCUGGGACACGGCUGGACAGGAGAAGUUCAAGUGCAUCGCAUCCGCCUACUACCGAGGUGCCCAGGCAAUCAUCACGGUGUUCGACCUCUCUGAUAUGCAGACCCUGGAGCACACCAGGCAAUGGCUGGAGGAUGUGCUGCGGGAGAACAAGCCAGGCUCCAGUGCCAUCUUCCUGGUGGGAACCAAGAAGGAUCUUCUGUCAGGGGUGGCAUGUGCGCAGGCUGAAAUAGAGGCUGUGCGCCUGGCCAACGAGAUACAGGCCGAGUACUGGGCAGUGUCAGCCAAGACAGGGGAGAACGUGAAGGCGUUGUUCAGCCGUGUGGCUGCCCUGGUAUUCGAGCAGUCGGUCCUGUGGGAACUGGAGAGGAGGAGCGGCACCCGGCCCCAGGUCGGCAACGCAAGCCUCAUCCGAAUGGAAGGGAGUCUGCCAGAGGCCCAGGAGAGUGAGAGGCUCUCCAGCCUGGGCUGUUGUUAG